AUGCUAUUCACAGUGGAGCAACUCGAAUUGAUUCGAAAGCUCCAUAUCACAGGGAUCUCAUCCGAUCAAGUAUUGAAAGCAUUUGGUGAUUUGAAUGUUCCUGAGAAGAUUCAGAUUCAGAAUACCCUUCAGAAUACGAUGAAUCCAAAGGCUGAAGACGUUCAGAAUCUUCAGAACCAGAAUCCAGACAUCCCCCAAAACAACAAUAAGUUGUCAGCAGCCGCCUUGUUCAGUCCUUUGCUCGUUCAACAUUUGACGUCUUCUCCGACGACGUCGACCUCUUCAACAUCCGCCUCCACUCCAACUAACCUCUCGAUUCAAACCGUACCUUCUCCAAUCAGCCUGCCAACUAUCAACAUCAAAUCAGAGGAAUCUUCAUCUUCCACAUCUCCAUGUCUCUUCGAGCAUCCAAUCUGUUCCAGUGCUCCACGACCAAUCAGAAGUCAGAGAACACCAAUGAAAGAGAUCACAACAUUGGAUGAUCCAAAUGAAUUGGAAGAGUUUAUGCAACAGGGAGAGGAAGCAUGCAUUCUCGAUAUGAAGACAUUCAUUACACAGUACUCGUUGAGACAAACUACGGUAGCUAUGAUGACAGGUGUCUCCCAACCAUACAUUUCCAAACUUCUGAAUGGAAAUCACCGUGAAUUGUCUCUCCGUUGCCGCAAAAACAUCUACUGCUGGUACCUGAAUUGCCGUCGUCACCCGAAUAAACUCUCCUUCUUUCUCUCUGAUCCAUCAUCUCGUCUCGAGACAAAUGGAGACGGAGAACUGAUUCCACAGAGAAGAGAGCGAUACGUGUUCCGUCCGAUUCUCAUCCGAAUGCUCGAAUCAUUCUUCACUCAAACCCCCUUCCCCGAUUUGCCACGUCGUAUCGAAAUCGCGACCGCCUGUAAUCAUGUGCUUCAAUUGGAUAAGAAAGGUGUUGGUCUGAUGCCAAAAGAAAUCGUUUCUCCACAAGUUGUCUCCAAUUGGUUUGCGAAUAAACGAAAGGAAUUGAGAAGACGUUCGGCAGAAGCCACCGCUGCAUCCACGUCAUCGGCCUCUUCCACGUCAUCAUCCUCGGCUUGUUCGGUCUCCGCAAAUAACGAUGCAGUCAGCAUUUCCAGUAUGAGUCCAUCAUCUAGAGAUGAAGAGAACAACUCUCGCAAUACGACACCAGAAGUCGCUUCACCCCCACCACCAUCAGAAUCCAUGAAAUCUGAAACAACUACAGUAACCACAACCGAAUCAUCACCUCCACUGGCUACAUCAUCCCCAUUAUCUCUUGCCACCACUCCAAUCAUACCGCCCAUCUCGAUUUCAUCUCUCAUUCCAUCAACUCCUCCAUCACCUCUUGAAAUUUUAGCCAUGGCUCAUAAUCUGGGAAUUCAACUUCCACUCUUCGAUCAGAACGCCCAGUUUCCGGGUCUCGGCGGCUUCAUGCCUUUUCCAAUGACCGGGUUCUACAGUAAUCCAGCAGUUUUGAAAUCUGAGUAG